GCUCCCGCUCAGUCGGCGGAAAAUCAGCUCAAAAGAUGGCGGAGGGCGCGACGUCCCUGAAGGGGCUGCGAGCGCAAAUGGUUGCUGCAGCCCAAGCCCAAGCCGAGGAGAGGCGAGGCCAAACUGGAACCAGUCCUGUUCCAGCAGCGUCACCUAAAGGAAGCAACACAAGGACAGGUGCCAGGCCAGUACUCGAUGGAGCAACACUAAGGAUAGACGACAGGCUGAGGGUGGCUAAGGAGAGACGGGAGGAACAGCACAAGCAACACGCUGCUAGAGAAACCCAAAUACUUGAACGAGAGAAAAAGGCAAAGUUGCUGUAUGAGAAACAGAUGGAGGAGCGACAGAGAAAGCUGGAAGAACAGCGGAAGAAGGAGGAGCAGCGGAGGUCUGCAGUGGAGGAAAAGAGAAAGCAGAAAAUGGUGUUGGAGAAGGAGCACUACGAAGCAGUGAUGCUGCGCAGUUUGGAACGCAGCCAGCGACUGGAGCAGAGGCAGAAGAGGUGGUCCUGGGGUGGAGCUGUGCCUGUGGAAUCUGAGAGUAAAACCGGUGAUCAAGGAACAGACCCGUCACAUCCUGUAGAUUUAAUUGACUCUUCCUCUCCUGCAGAGCCUCAGACCGUGCAAGAAGUUGACAAACGCUCUGCAUCCACAAUGAACCUGAAACAGGCAGAUUCUGUUAUCAACAAACGCCUUUCCACAUCGUCUGCUACCCUCAUGAAUUCCCCCGACAAAAGUGUCCAAAGGAGGAGUUCUUCCCUUAACAGAUUGGCUAAUAAGGCCACCCAACCCCCUAAGGAGCCACAAAAACUAUCUCAGAGGGAGCAGACAGGCUCUGUCCUGAAGAAGAGGAGCUCUUCAUUAAGUAGACUGGGAAGUAAAUCCCAGGCCCCUCCAAUGCUAGAGAAAGGGACAAAGGAGGAAGAACAAGCUCGUCGUUCUCACGCCAGUCCCCUGGGUAGCGGUUUCAUCAGUCGCCUGCUCACUCCCACACAGGCCUCCUUAGCUAGGAGCAAGAGUACAGCUGCCUUGUCGGCAGAAGGAUCAGUUUCCCCAGAGUCUCACAUCUGUCCUCGUUCAGCCUCUGCCAGCUCCAUUCACCCCCCCAAAGGACCCCUGCGCAGCCGUAGCAUCGACCGGCAGAAAGGAGGACCCCCCUCCACAGCCUCCUCUGAUGGAGCCCCUGAGAACACGCAGAAACCAGAAAAGCAAAGGCGUCCUCCUUCUCCAGCCGGGAAGAGGCCCCCCUCCCCUUCCAACCUGCCAGGGCAGCGCCGAUCUCCCUCUCCGUCCCCAGCCACCACAGCCAAGAGACCCCCCUCCCCUUCCACAGCCAAGCCAAGCCCCCGGAAUCGCCCCCCCUCCCCCAGCGGGGUGAAGCAGCGCCCCUCUUCCCCGCAGCCUGCUGUGAAGCCAGUCCCCAUCCAGCGGCCCGCUCUCACCCCCACAGGACCCCCCACCCUCCGGAAGAGGGACCCCAAACCAAAGGAGAGCCCUGCAGUGGCACCCGAGUCUCCCCAGACCCCCGAGCCUGCAGUGGCCGCCAGCAGCAAGACCAAAGAGGAUCCAAGCACCAAAAAUAUUGCAGGGACCACGUCUGCUGAAGAGGCAGCUAAAAUCCUGUCUGAGAAUCGUCGCCUGGCUCGAGAGCAGAAAGAACGAGAGGAGCUGGAGAGGGUGCAGAGGCAAGAGGAGGAGAGGAUAAGGAAAGAGGAGCAGCAGCUGCGUGAGGAGGAGGAGAGGGUCAGAAUGGUAGAAGAGCAGCGCAGACUGGAGGAGGAGAGGAAGAAGGAGGAGGAAGAGAGAGAGCGCCUGGUGGAAGAGGAGAGAGCCAGGCUCGCGAUAGAGGAGCUGGAGAAGCAGGCUGAGCUGCAGCUGCAGAGAGAAGAAGCUGAUGCCCUUGCUCUGAAGGAGGCUGAGAAACAGAGGCUGGAAAGAGAGAGGGUAAUGCAGAAGAACCAGCUGGAGCGUAUUGCGAGGAAGAAGAGAAUUGAAGAAAUAAUGAAGAGAACAAGAAAGGGAGAGCAAAACGAUUCAAAGAGAGAUGAGAAGUCUGAUAACCAGGGCUCUGAUGAUAAUGAUGAGGAGGACAAGAUGUCAAAUGCUGAGAGUGAUGACAAGGAUGGAGAGGAGAACGAGACAGAUGACUUUGAAGAAACAGACGCCCCUGAGGAAAGUAAGACUGAAGUUGUGAGCAUGCCAAUAGAAUUAGAGACUGAAACUCAGGGUCACCCUGAAGCAGAGGGUGUGACUCAAGAUAAGGAGGCUGUACCUGAAGUGGGAAAGGGAACCCCAGAGGAACUGGAAGCGAAGAUUGUAUCUCCUGAUGAGCGUGUGGUGACUGGGAGUGUGAAUGGAGGGGUGGAGGUUGAAGACAAAGAGAACAACAAUGGGAGAUAUUUAGAGACCGUCCAGCCUGUAGCAGUCAGCCUAACCCCCAAAUCCAAGCUGGUGGAAUCCUCCGAAUUCCUGCAUGUGAACGAGGAUGACAAAGUGGGACGUUUGCCGAACCUGAACGGGAAGUCGGGCUCUUGGACCUUUGAGGAACUGAUAGAUCUUGGAGUUCAUUCCAAGACGGCUGUAAUAACUGUAGACAGCAUGAACCAAAACCUAAUCGACACUGCAGGCAUUCCUGAGGGCCCCAAAGUCGCUUUUGAAGAUAAGACUGUGAUGGCGAUGAGCAAGCCAAUGGAAGCUGUGUCAGAAAUGUAAUUGCUGCCAGCCCAGAAGGUCUGUGAUCGUUGCACUCCAAGUAUCCUGUCUCUUACUGAGUACUGGAGAGCUUUGAUAAGAAAAAACUAAAAAAGAUGCUGCUUUGAGAAAGAGGGUGAGAGAGAGAGAGAGAUAACCGGGUUGCAUCAAGAUUGAAACCAUGGACAGGGAGCCUGCGUUGAAGAGCAGCAAUGUGGAUUGCUCAUUUUGCACCUCAAUAUACAUAUAAAACAUGCUUCAGGGAAUUUAUUCCUUUACUGUGCUGUGCUUCUUUCUCUUAGAUUUCACCUUAACAUGAUUUUUUUUUUUUAGGGGGAGCAGGGGGUUUCGUAAGAAUUUAUUCAGCUACCUAACAUACAUUUCUUGGUUUUAGUCCAUAAAAUGUGUACAGUAAUAUUCUCUUGAUUUUUAAUUAGUGUCUGGAGGCUAUGGCUAUUGGAUAUGUUGCCUUGCUGAUGUAAAGAUUUACAUUUCAUUUUUAGUGGAUGCGUUCAGGAGACGGGCCGCUGCAUCUUGUUAAGUAAAUUGUUGCAAAUACAUUACCGGCUGCCACAGAGUGAAUGCAGCUUAGCCCUGCCAGAGGCCAAUGACUUGUGCUUAGAGCUGUGAGGUCUGCUGUCUUCAGCCGUGGGAUGUUGCCAUGUCUUGGUGUUUUAGGUUGAAAGCCUUAUAUGCUGUACAGUGAUAACAAAAGUUGACUAAGGCAUUUCACAGAAAAGAUGGGUAGGUAGGAUCUGCCUUCGGGCACUGCUAGAGUGUAAGCUCUGAAGGUUAAAAGGGCAACUAAGAAGCACAUGCUGUCAAUUCUUCUGUCCUGGACCAGCUGUAGUGUUUCUUUUGUUCUUUAAAAUUACGUGAAGAAACGGCUUGCUGUUUCUCUUGGUAAACUUAGCAGCUGGUGAUACUCUGCAUGAUUUGGAGCUCUUUUCAAGCUCUUUGGUAGAACAGUACUUCAAUGUUAGUAUUGCAUACAGUCUUGUAGUAAUUGUACACUUUGCACAGGCAGGGGAUCCCGUGUUUCCCAAAGUUCAGCGUCUGGAGCUAGUAAUGAGAGAGGGUUUCUGAAGGGCCACAAACACACACAGGAGCCCCUAGGGGCUGAGCUUCAAAUGUCGGUGGCCAGUUUUGAAUGAAAGGUUAAUUGGUGUUGUAUGUGUAAGUCUUUUCAAUGUUAUGUUCUUUUAAGUAGUGUUAUUGCAAUAUUACUGCACUAAUAAAGACUAGGAUAAACUCAGUACUGUGCCGCUUACCAUUUAAAUAUUGACUUAUUUUUAAUAAAUGUAAUUUUGCUUAUCAUUUAUGUAUUUAAGUAUAUUUCUACAUAUUUUCCGUGUGUGUGUGUGUUAUUGUAUUUUGUGUACAUAAACAGUAUUAGGCCGUGAAGCAAUUUUGUUGCUGGUGAUGCUGAAUCUUCUUUAACUGCUUUCUUGAGUCCUCAUGGUCCUGCUUCAUUUCAGUUUCACUUUGUUGGACUUGAAUCUUUUUGUUUUGUUACUUAAUUGUUCAAGAAAAAACAGGUCAAUUGUACUUUAAUAGAAUAUUUUGUAUGUAAACGUGUGUUUGCACGGGUUAAAAAAAUAUAAACUACUGCAAGUUCUUGGAUACAAAUUGCUUAAUGCUCUGGCUUGCGUAAUUCCAGCUGGUUACUGCUUGCAAUGCCGCAUGUGAAGUUUCUGUGUCUGCAGCAAGAAAUAUAUGGAUCAAGCCAACACUGCUGUGAGAUUUAUUUCUAUUGAUGAUAAGAGUGCAGAUUUAAAACAUUUUCAGUCCCUUUUGUGAAACAAAAAAAGCCCUGGUUGCAAUGGUUAAACAAGUACUAGAAUUCAGAACCUUGUGUAGGACUGGUGCUGCCCAUUCUCUUACAGGAGAGCAAUUUGAAUGAAUGGCCAACUGCUAAUGCCUAAAAUACAAUUUUUUCUGUGUCCUCUCUCCUCUGUUUGGUUCCGAGUUGAGCUUAUACUCCUGGGGAUACCCAUUAUCUCUGAGCAGGAGAUCUGUAGUAUCCAAGCAACUAGUUCUGCAGAGUUUCUGUAAUGUAGGAUACAGCCUAGGAACUUUGGGGUAACUAGCCGGCUGCCUCAGAGCGCUGCUGGUACUUCUGUGCAUCUCGAUUUAAACUUGUUGCAUGCAUUAACCUAUUACUAAAAUAGCCCUACAUCUGGCUAAAUAGUUUAUGUACUACCUUUGUACUUUAGAUGCCUUACUACAUGAGUUAAUGACUUGUCUAUGUUCUGUUGGGAAGCCAUUUGUAUAUAAUGCAAUACUAGAAUAUGAAAGUUGUCAACAUUGUUUUUAACCAUAGGGAUGAAUGCCCCCCCUUUUGCCCUCUGAGAAUGUAAUGCUUACAGAAAAAUCCAUGUAUUGCAGUCUUGUUAAUGUUUGUAUCCUUACCCCCGACCCCACUACCGACUAAAUAUUGCUUUAUAUUUUACCAGAUCGCUUCUGCAUAACCUGCUGUGAAGAAUUCGGUUCAUACUUCAAAAAAAUGAUAUAUAUAAACUUGACUAAGUUUGUUUUUUGUUUUGUGUGCUUUCAAUGUUAAAAUCCUCAGACAGGAGAGACGCUGCUCAUAAAAGCACAGAUUUGUCUCGUUGGAAACUCUUUUUGUCUUUUACAAACAAUAACAACAACCCAUUCUGGUUGCAAUGUUUUAGACUAGAGCAGUGCCUUAGCGAAGAAUAGGUUGUGUAUUUUUGUAAAAUAGCUUAUCCUUGACCUGACAAUCAUUUUGCAAGCAGUCUGAAGAUGCCUCUUGCUGUGCAGCUGUUGUUGAAUGCUCUGUUCACAGCUCUAUGUGAAUAGAUCUUAAAUGUACUGAUAAAAUACAUACUGUUUAAAUAAAGUUUUGCAAAAUAAAAAAGGAUGAACAUAUUGGUG